ACAACAGAAGUCGUGGUUUGUAAAAGGGGAAGGUUGGGACAUGCAUUAUGAAGGAACGACUGCUGAGAAUAACCAUCCCACAAAUUCGUCAUCGCGGGCUGUGGAAAAAGUUAAAAAUUCAUAAUUCUCCAAGUGAAAGCAAGAUUUCUGUGAAAGCCAAGAGGCCGGAAAUGGUGUAACUAAGCCCCAUUAGGCACAGCCACCUCUCCAGAAACGGCAAGGGAAGAAAACUGAAGGAAAGUCAUAUUUUCUCUCUGGAUGUAACCCGGACAUGGAGAUAAGCCUGAAGAUUUCAACGUACAUGCCAUUCAGAGAGCUUUCAUCCUAAAUCUCCUCUGGCUAGCCUGCCGAGCAGUAUGAAGUGGGAUUGCGUCGUUCCACUUGUGGUUCUCUUAGUUAUUAAGCUAAUAGGCUCUUCGCUGUUCCUUCUAUAUUUUUCACAGAUCUUGUUCCAAGAAGUCCCCAGCAAAGGAAUAACAGUUUCUCCCACAGUCUGCUCCACAAGAUGGGUACCUUAUGAUGGCAAAUGCUACUUCUUUUCUGCCCUGGAAAAAACAUGGGAUGAGAGCAAGAAGGACUGUGCUCAGUCAAAUUCCCAUCUCGCAGUUGUCAACAGCAAGACAGAACUGAUGUUCCUAUUGAACAUGACAAAAUCUGCUGAAUAUUUCAUUGGCUUGACCCAGAGAGAUCCCAAAGGAUCAUGGAGAUGGAUUGACAACACAAAGUUUGAACCUGACUUAUUUAAUAUCCAACAUAAACUUUUUGACUGUGCUGUGGUUGGAUUAGACAUUGUUAGCUCAAUGUCUUGCUCUGCGGCAAACCGCUGGAUUUGUGAGGAGAAAGCAUAGGAGUUCUCCCAUGGAUGGAUGGUUAGAUAGACGGACGGACGGACAGACAGACAGACAGACAGACAGAUAGAUCUUGGAGAUUUGGAGCAAUCUAGAAUUAGGAUUCUUUGCUCUGCUAAGAAACUUUGGCCCUGAUUCAGCUCACGUUGCACAUAACAGGUAACCCUGGACAGAGAUUUGCAUUAUCUCUAACAUCAAAAGUUUCAUCCAGCCAAAUACAUAAGUGUCGAAGGGAGCACCGCAGUGUGGAUGCACAUGUAUGUCCAAUUGAACGUCUGCAUUGACAUCAGCCAGCUUCAUGUACGUAAAUCUGCUUGUGUCCUCGGAUCUUCCAUCGUGGAUUGGUGCUCUUGAUGGUGGACAUUAAAUUGCCUUUGAGCAUCUCUUGCAAUCAUCAUUAUUUAAUACACAAAAAGAGGCAGAGGAAAAGGAAUUUGUGAUGCAAAUGAGCAUUUUGCCUAAUGCUUGCAUGGUAAAGCCAAUGGAGGCAAUGGAGGGGGAUGCUCCUGGAUCCAGCUUUGUUGCUAGAAGCCCAGGUGACCUCGGUGCCUAAGAAUGCCUUUUACCAGCUUCAGCUGGCAAAACAGUUGCAGCUGUUUCUGGAUCGGGAUAGCCUGACCACUGUUGUUCAUUCGUUCAUGAGGUAACCUCCAGGCUGGAUUCAUGUGAAAGCCUCCUGCAGAUACCAUCUUAUCAGGAAGUUCUUUCUGCACAACACAGGAAGUGGACCUUUAGUGUUGUGGCACCUACCCUUUGGAAUUCCCUCCCCUUAAAUAUUAGACAGGCAUCAUCUCUGUUGUCUUUUCAGCACCUACUGAAGACCUUCCUCUUUCAUCAAGCCUUUUAAGUAGAGACCUUAUCCCAGUCUGCUUCUGUGCUGGAACUGCUUUUGAGAUGUUUUUAAAGAUGUUUUUAAAGAUGUUUUUAAAAGAUUUUUUAAGAUGUGUUGUUUUAAGAUUUUUAAAGAUGUUUUGUUAUAAGAUGUUUUAAAGUAUUUUGUUUUUAAGCUGUUUUAGAGUGUUUUUAGUGAUUUGUUUGCCACCAUGGGCUCCUUCUGGAAGGAAGCACGGGAUAUAAAUUUAAUAAAAUAAUAAGAAGAACUGCUUUACGUUUCAUGACUGAAAAUGAAAAUAAUAAUUAGUAGAAAAAUAAUUAAGGAUGUAAGUAAUCCUGUUAAAGAGAUUAGUAGAGUGAUUGGCUAAAACUAAUACAAUUACUGUAUUAGUUAUACCUGCAUAAAUGUGCAUCUGUGUAAAAACAAUUUAUUUUCCCCGGAAUGAAGGUCAGCUGAGACUGUGGUGUCUUUAGGAUGUAUGGUUUUAUUUGCACAUAUAUAAGUGUCAGAUGGAUUCUCAUCAUUAAUACCCCAACAGAUCUUGCUUCCCCAUUAGGUUUCUAGGAGAGGCUUCCCUAAAGCCAUAGCUUUGGAUUCAGCAGUGAGCAAGCCUCUCUGUGUCUUCCCAGCUUCCAGUUCCACCUCAGACUAACCCAAAAUCUACCUCCUGACCCAAUCAGGUGAGGGGGGUGCUACCCUCAUUCCUAUAGCAACACAUCUUCCCUUGGCCAAGACUUUGACAUGUAGAUUGCCAAUCAAUAGGCCCAUUAACUCACAAAGAUACUGGCUUGGCCAGAACUAUUAACUUAUGAAAGGAACUGGUUUGAUCAAUACAAUAGGUUUCUUCCAACUUCCAGAUACGGGAUUACAUGCUUGGAGGGUACCCACAGAUAUCAUCCAGACCAACCCCUCCCACUGUAACCUGUCAAAGAGAUACCUCCAAUGGAUCAUAACCCUACCUGUCAAUUAAAUGUUUCAGCCCAAAUAAUAAAACACACACAUAGAGUUUCUCUUGUUAUCAAGUACUGUCAGUCAUUCUUUUUUAGACCAGGUAUUCCCAAACUAUGUGCUGCUAUGCAAAAAUUGCUACUGUGCCAUAAGAAUAUAAAUUUGUUAAAGUAUUAAGACCACUAUAAACCCAAAAUACCUAUCCAGAGUGAAGGAAGUUGUCUGCUAAACCUCUGCAUGACUCACAGCUCAGGCAUUUCACUCAGCCCCCAUUAGGGGCAUUUGCUUCUGUUACAUCUCUGCAUGGCAUGUGUGAUUGGAUAAUUCAAUUACUCUUCAUUCAGAGAUGCAGCAGGACUCCCUCCCAUCAAAGGAGGCUGUCUGUGGAAUUCCUGGAUGAGUCACCUCUCUAGGGCUGGUAUUCGUCCAGUCAGGAAGCAGAUCCAGACCAGAGAUUCAUGCUGAAACUUGAGAGUGGGCACCUUUGAAAGAGAAAAAAAGGAAAACUUUUUUCAGCUAUGAGUCUUUUUUAAAUCAGAAACGUGUCCCUCAGCUUCCAGAUGUUUUGGAAAUGCCACUAUUCUACUCCUUACACUUACAGCCAAACGUUCUGAUAUAUUCUUUGCCAUCAAAAUACAACAAACAUAAUCCCCUUCAUUUCAGUAGGACUUGAGUUGGAGAACUUUCCACUAGAUUCUGCCCUAAGUUACUACGCAUGUAAGCAGCAAACGUUAAAAGUGAUAUUGGUGUUAUGAGUUUGGGCUGCCUGGGUUGCUGCGAAUAGGGGUCUAUCAUUAGAAUUUUGUAUCAACUUUAGACUCUUAAGUGUCAUCUGAUAGAGGUUAGAUAAAAAAAAUAGUUUCUUAAUGAUAUUUGACUGCAUUUUUUGGGCAGUUCUGCUCCUUCCUAGUUUGAAUUUAAAGUGCUGAAUUAUCUGAAGCCAAAGCAUUUGCUGUCUUUGAGAACCUGAUGCAAGUUACUUGCUGGACUGAAGGAGUGUUUUUAAUCUCCGUUAUGCUGUGCUUGUAUAUUUGUAAAUA